GGGCACGAUAAAACUGCUCGGGUGCGUAGGGCAGCAGCAGGGACGGGACGCGGGGAGCAGAACCCCGUAGGUCUCGGGGUUCCCCAAGGGGAGCAGUGCCCCCUGAGGUCUUGGGGUUCCCUAAAGGACACCCAAAAACCACCUCCCUCCCUCCUUCUGCCUCCCCCCGGAGCUGGAAGCGGAGCAGGCGGUGGCCGCGCCAUGCUGAGCAAGAAGAAGUUCAAUGUCAAUGGGGACCCGGGGAUGAAAGCCCAGAUCCAGUUUGCCGACCAAAAGCAGGAAUUCAACAAGCGCCCGACGAAGAUCGGCCGCCGCUCGCUGUCCCGCUCCAUCUCGCAGUCGUCGACCGACAGCUACAGCUCAGCUGCCUCCUACACGGACAGCUCGGACGACGAGACCUCCCCCCGCGACAAGCAGCAGAAGAACUCCAAAGGCAGCAGCGAUUUCUGCGUGAAAAACAUCAAGCAGGCGGAGUUCGGGCGCCGGGAGAUCGAAAUUGCUGAGCAAGAAAUGCCUGCGCUGAUGGCUUUGAGGAAGAGAGCUCAGGGAGAGAAGCCGCUGGCUGGGGCCAAGAUCGUGGGCUGCACGCACAUCACAGCACAGACGGCCGUCCUGAUGGAGACCCUGGGUGCGCUGGGUGCCCAGUGCCGAUGGGCUGCCUGCAACAUUUACUCCACUCUCAACGAAGUGGCUGCUGCCCUCGCCGAGAGCGGGUUCCCUGUCUUUGCCUGGAAAGGAGAAUCCGAGGACGACUUCUGGUGGUGCAUCGAUCGCUGCGUCAACGUGGAGGGCUGGCAGCCCAACAUGAUCCUGGAUGACGGAGGCGACCUCACGCACUGGAUUUACAAGAAAUACCCCAACAUGUUCAAGAAGAUCAAGGGCAUCGUGGAGGAGAGCGUGACCGGCGUGCACAGGCUGUACCAGUUGUCUAAAGCCGGGAAGCUCUGCGUGCCAGCCAUGAACGUCAACGACUCGGUCACGAAGCAGAAAUUUGACAACCUGUACUGCUGCAGGGAGUCCAUCCUGGACGGCCUUAAGAGGACAACAGACAUGAUGUUUGGAGGGAAGCAGGUCGUGGUGUGUGGCUACGGGGAGGUAGGGAAGGGCUGCUGCGCGGCGCUGAAGGCCAUGGGCUCCAUCGUGUACGUCACCGAGAUCGAUCCCAUCUGCGCCCUGCAGGCCUGCAUGGACGGGUUCCGGCUCGUGAAACUCAACGAAGUCAUCAGGCAGGUCGACAUCGUCAUCACCUGCACGGGCAACAAGAACGUGGUGACCAGGGAGCACCUGGACCGCAUGAAGAACAGCUGCAUCGUCUGCAACAUGGGGCACUCCAACACCGAGAUCGACGUGGCGAGCCUGCGCACACCCGAGCUGACCUGGGAGAGGGUGAGGUCCCAGGUGGACCACGUCAUCUGGCCAGACGGGAAAAGAAUCGUCCUGCUGGCGGAGGGCCGCCUGCUGAACCUGAGCUGCUCCACCGUCCCCACCUUCGUGCUCUCCAUCACUGCCACCACGCAGGCUCUGGCUUUGAUAGAGCUCUACAACGCUCCCGAGGGGCGCUACAAGCAGGACGUCUACUUGCUGCCUAAAAAGAUGGACGAAUACGUGGCGAGCCUCCACCUCCCGACCUUCGACGCACACCUGACAGAGCUCACGGACGAGCAAGCCAAGUACCUGGGGCUGAACAAGAACGGGCCCUUCAAACCCAACUACUACAGGUAUUAAAGUUCCUGCCGCCGUAGCCAGAAUCGCAAGGAACAAGAACCCAAGUUCUUUUCUCAACUACUGUACAGGACGAAGCAGUGCAAGCUUCCUAAGUUAGAGCCGGGCUUGCUCACGUAGUAGACAGUGUGUUAGGUUAUUUAUUUAUUAAAUUAGAAUACUGUACAUGCGGCCUCUGCCACUGGUGUUUGUACUGCCACGGGACUGGGAGACGGUUGAUUCCUUUCCGUUUUGUUUCAUUUUUUAUCUCUUUCGCUGGUUCCUUUCCGGGGCUGGGAGGAUGGGGAGCGAGGUGCUGCGGGGCGAGGAAGAAGCUGAAAGGCGGAGGCUGCGCCCUGCUUCUGGUCCCGGCCGCUUCUUCCAGCAGAGCAGGAUUCCCGGACUGGAGCAGGACAGGAGAGUGCUGGGGUUUUAUCUCCCACGCUGUUUGAAACGCAGUGAAAAAAACGUUUCUGCUCCAAAUGCUGCUGGUGGAGAAGCAGCGAACUGACCAGCAACCGCCGGGGAAACCGCUCCGAAAUCUGCUCAGCUGCCCCCAGGACGGCUCUGCCAGCUGAACUUGGCCUUCGCUCUGCUGAAAGCUGUAAGGAAGGGUCCGAGCCCUGCCCCGAGGACGUGUCCGGAGCCGGUGGCAGAGCGGUGCCAGGUCCGGCAGCCCCCCCCGAAGCCGUGGAGGUGGUGGCGUUGGACCCAGCCCCGCUCCUCGCCGAGCCGCUCGGCGUUGUCCUGCUGCUUCCAUUCCGAGUGCCAACCUUUUGCCGUGCAACCAAAGCUAUUUUCCUCCUGGGGCCUUGCACCGCCACGGACGGAUGCUGCUCGCGCUUCUCCCAAACGCAGCCCUCGCUGGGAAUCUUUGGAGUCUGAUUUUUUGGUAGGAUUUGUCCAUCACCGUGAUCAAUCAGGAGAUCCCCUCCGCGUGGAGGAGAUGUACUCCGGAAUAAUCCCCGCCCCGAUCCUGUGCGCGGGGCAGAGGGUCACAAGCAGAGUUCAGAAUCACGAAAACCCUUCGGUGGCAUCAAAUUUUGAUGUCUCAGAGUCGAAAGACAGCAAAUUUGGCACCGCUGCUUGCCUGAGCCCUGGAUGUCCUGCCCUCACCGGCGUCGCUUACGGCUCGCCCUGAGAACGAGGCCCUUGUCAAGUGAAUUCGCCAACCCUGGGAGCACAAAAGCCUUUCAUUUUUCCUGUGGUUGCUGCUUCGGUGCCCGAGUUCCCCCUGAGAUCCUCGUUUUGUCCUCGUGGGCUUGGUGAAGACCCCCCCGAGGCAGCUCGCUCACGCACAAGGAAGGCGAAGCCGCGGCACCGCGGUCCCUGCGGCCACGUCCUGGUGGCAAGACCUCGGGCAGCUUCUCCGCAAGGUGCUCACCUCCGGGGCAGGUUUCUCCUUCACUUUCUUAUCCCAAAUUUCUCCAAAAUUUGUCAAAACGAGGGAAGUGAGGGAUGCGUCGUGGAGCAGUCGCUAGCCACGAACUCAAAAUUCUCUCUGCUCGCGACUCGCACCCAGAUCCAAAUUUCUGGGCAGGGCGCCCCGAGCCGCUGCAGAUCUGGCUGGGUCUGGCUGGCACGGUGGCAGCCCACCCCACAGCCCAGGGGGGGGCUCUGCUGCUCCCCGUAACCCAAAAAUCCCCCUCCCACCCAGCCUGGCGUGCCCGGGGUGCUCGUGAUGCCUUCGCCUCGCGCGACGGCGGCGGCGAGGUUUUAAUUCCCUCGGGAAUUCCCCAAGGGAGCUCGCCCGCCGAGUCGCUCGUGCCGAUUUUUUAAGCCCGAUGUAUCUUCCAGGUAGAUAGGAGAAAAUAAAUAAAUAAUAAUAAUAAAAAAAUUCGCCCCACCUGGCUUUUCCCCCAAUUUUUUAAAGCUCUUCUCCACGUCGUUCCGCUUUCUGUAAGCUUUUUCGCUUGCUUGGCUUUUCCUAAUCAAUCUGGAAUCUUAUUCUGUGAUCAUCUCUAAAUUAAACGUGUAACGGGUUUGGGUUUGGGUUUGUUUUUCUCUCUUUUUUUUUAAUGUAACGCCUUUUUAAAGAAUUAGGAAAAGGAGAUUUUAGGUAACACCAGCAAAAUCGUGUGAGGAAAUUAAUUCUGUUCUGACCUUAACCGCGAGACGAAACUGUCAUCAGCCUGCAGUGGGGAAACGAGAACUUUGCAAUCGUCCCAUUUUCAAAAGGAUGUUUUAAAUAUUAAUGUCUGAGUGAUUGUAUUAGAUCAGCAAUAAAGACUCUGUAAUCUCGAAACACAAAUAAAACAUUGGAAAAACGA